GCAACUUAUGACAUCACAAUAUCCGGGUGCCUCAGCGGUACUCAUCGAUCUUGCUCAACAUUGAGUCUCUUAUUCAAGCUAGACAACUGGUCUACUAGCAUUGUGAUUUUCUAAGGCUUCCUCUAGCUAGAGGUUACUGGUAGUUGCGUAGAUGGCUGAACGACCUGGAUCGUACGAGUGUCUUUUCAAGCUUCUUGUUAUUGGUGACACGGGUGUCGGAAAAACGUGCGUCAUGCUGCGCUACGUGGACAAUACGUUUAGUAAGAGCAUGCUCAGCACGAUCGGCGUGGAUUUCAAGACUAAAACCAUAGUUGUAGACCGUCGUCAUGUAAAGUUACAGAUCUGGGACACGGCAGGACACGAACGUUUUCGAACUAUUACGAACGCCUUCUAUCGAGGUGCUAUGGGCGUGUUACUGGUGUAUGAUAUCACAUGUCAGAAAUCAUUCUCUAACAUAACGCAAUGGAUGAAGAAUAUUGCCGAGCAGUGUGCAGGUGGCGAUGAACCGGCCUUACUUAUGGUUGGCAAUAAGAGCGACUUGGAAGAUAACAGGGUUGUGCAGUUUGAGCAAGGGCAGGAGCUAGCGACUCGAUAUGGAGUCAAGUUUUUGGAAACAAGUGCACAAUCUGGGAAGAACGUUGAGGAAGCAUUCCUUUACUUAGCUGAAGAGAUGUUAAAGAAGGAAGUGUCGUCCAAACCAGAGGCAAGUUCAGGAAAUCAAAAGGAUCGUCUGGUAUUGUCAAGAGACAAAAAUUGGAAGACAAAGAGAUGUGGUUGCAAGAGAUAACUGCAGUCCACUUUGUAUGUGAUGUAAUUUUUCUUGCAGAACGCUGGUCAGAUAUUAAUUUUUAUUCAAACAAUCUUGGUUGUGUAUGAGCAUUCUCAAAUAGUAAAAUUUGAUGUGUUUCUCAGUAAUAAACAAGUUAUUCUUAUAUCAAA